UUUUCCGCUAAUCCAAUCCCUCUCCUCUCUAUUGUCUCUCUAUCUCUCUCUCUUUAUAUAUAUACUCUUCCGCAUUCCUUCGUUCGUUCUCCGUGAAGACGGAAACGCGCGGUUUUUCCAUGACUGCGCGAACGUUUUCCGUCACUUUCCCGAUUAAGAUACACUCUCCUAUCUCGCCCCUUCGCAUUCUCUGAUUUCUCUUUGUUCUGAUUCUCUCAUCGCAGAUUUUGAUACGUCUGAGAGCGAGUUAGGGUUUCGGAAGCCUCGCGAUUUGUUUGACAGAGGGAGGGAGGGAGAGUUUCGUUAGGGUUUUUGUUUGCCGAGUUAUUUUUCCGGGAUUGGAGAUGGGGAGCGACGAUCGAGACGGUAAUAGGCUGAUCAAGGCGAAUUUCACCGCCGACGGAGCGGCCAAGCUGAAGGAGAGUGUGAUGGAGAAACUCAAGGAAUUCAUGGGAGAUUAUUCAGAUGACACUCUUGUGGAUUAUGUUAUUGUUUUAUUGAGGAAUGGUAGGCGCAAAGAACAAGCUAGGAAUGAUUUAAAUGUCUUUCUGGGAGAGAACAGUGAUUCAUUUGUAUCAUGGCUCUGGGAUCAUCUGGAUUCACAUUUAGGUUUGUAUGUACAACCUGAAGCAUUGCUGAAUGAAGCUCCUAAAAAAAGUAUUUUAUCAGAGGUUCAAGCUGGGGACGAUGAUUCUCAGCACUUAAAUUCAGUGUCAGAAAGAGGAAAGUCUAAUAAGUUAUCUAGAAGUCGCCAUAACAAAGAUUGGAAAGGAUUGAUGAGGGGAGAAGCUGAACCACCUCCUGUUCGAAGCUCUGUGGUUGACAAUUCUUAUUUGGAGGAAAAAGGUCCACCGGAAGCCAAUUAUGGUCAAAGGUCUCUUUCUCCAAUGCCUCCAGUUCAGAGGAAAAGGGGCCGUGCUGAUGAACAACAGAGAAUAAAGAGGGAAUCUAUCUCACAAGUAAAUAUUGCUGCUCCACGAAGGCUGCUUCAAUUUGCAGUGCGAGAUGCUGUAGCUACUUCAAGGACAGCCAAUACAGGCAUGUUGGAGCCUUCCCUGAAGCGACUGCGAUCUGUAGUUUCUACAUCGGCAGGUGAUUCAGCUUUGGUUGAACGUCCACAGAGGGUGCAGCUUGCUUCCAGGGUGGCAAAUCCAAUGGCUACAGUGAUUAAGGCGGUGGCAGAAGCUGCAGAAGAUGUGAUAAAAUCCAAGUCCUCUGGAAGUGUAUUUGAUAGACUUGGCCGUGGUAUGGAUACAUCAGAUGAUAACCGACAACUUGAAGAUAGUUACCAACAUCAGGAGCAAAAUCAUUUACUCCGUCCUCAAGGAACUGACUACAAUGGGCAGUAUGCUGCAAAUACACCUAUGCUGGGACAUGAAACUGGUUAUCCUUCUGAUUCAAAUUCUUCAGAUAAUGAAGGGUUUGAUGAUAUUAAUACCAUGGGUCGUAGAGUCUCUGGAGCUUCUCAGAUCAGUCCCUCUGUUGGAAGCAGGGGCAAUGAUUCACUGAUGAUGCAGUAUAGUUUAGCAAAAACAGUUGACAAUAGUUUGCACCUAAAACGGAAACAAGAACGAGAGCAACUUGAUGCUUCACCCAACACAUCUCAUAAGAUUGUGAACAUAUUUUCAGUUAAUGUAAAUACUUGGAAGCCACCGAAACGUCAGGAACCAAGAGAGGUUGAAGAAUUUGAUGGUAGUAAAACUUUUUACAAUGAAAGAGGUCCCAGAUCUAGUCUGCGGCUAGUGAAGGAACAUGCCAACGAACAUGGCAACUCACAAAACGUCAGUAAUGGGAAUGUAAACGCUGCUCUUGAUGCUCAGAAAGAGUCUAGCAAGGCACACUUAACUGCUUCUGGUUCUAACGCUGCUGGUCGUCCUUCAGAAGAUGUUGAUUCCAGAACCAUUUUUGUUAGUAAUGUUCAUUUUGCUGCCACCAAAGAUGGCCUGUCUCGUCAUUUUAAUAGAUUUGGGGAGGUUUUGAAAGUGAUUAUAGUUACUGAUGCAGCAACAGGACAACCAAAAGGGUCAGCUUAUGUUGAGUUCAUGCGAAAAGACGCAGCAGAUAAUGCAUUAUCUCUGGAUGGCACUUCUUUCAUGUCACGGAUUCUCAAGGUUGUUAAGAAAAGUGCUGCACAUCACGAAUCAGCUCCAGCUAUUGCAUGGCCACGCAUUUUUAGGGGUUCAGCUUUUCCUUCUGCUAGGUUUUCCAGACAUCCCUUUCCAAGAGGUAUUCCUGGUGCGUUUAGAGCUCGGCCCCCAAUUAAAUUGGGUGCCAGGAGCUUGCAAUGGAAGCGGGAUGCCCAGGGGUCUGACAGUAGUCCAUCUAUGAAUACCGGCAGUGUAGCUGCUCCUGCAGCAGCCCCUGCUACUCGUGGUUUCACCUAUGUCAGAACAGAAUCUAAGCCAGAAAGCAGCUUGGGUACGACGUAGUUUAUUUCUUAAGAUGGUCUUUAGUCUUUAGACUGUGGUUGCAUGUCUGAUGGUAAAAAAAUGAUGUAUGGAGACGCCUGCCCUAAAUUUUGAAUUUUUCAUGUACAUGGAAGGUGGAUAUUUUACUAUCCUAGGUGUCUAUGUAGAGGUAGUAGAUGACGUUUAAGAAUGUUUUUUGUAUUGUGUCCAGUUGAGGCAUAGACGACGAAGGGGAAGGUCAUUGAUUUUAUUGGAGGGAGGUGAAGUUUAGUAAUCCAUACAUUGAUUGUAGGAUGGGCCCUCUGUAGAGUUGGCUACCACGGGAUAUCAUGUUUCUCUGCAUUAUUUUUGGUCAAAAGUGUGUUACCUUUGAAAAA